ACUGGAAUUUCCGGUUUUCCCAUGUAAAUGGUAAGUACCCUAGAUUCAUCACUACCUGAUCAAUCAGGGUGAGAUAAAAGGUCUCAUUCUGUCACAUUGGCAUGUAGAUAGCUGAGAUAAAUUUGUGAUACCCUCAAGGAAUCACUGUUUGAGUUUAUGUGCAAUGGUACAUGUAUGUAAACAUUAUAAUUAUUAAAAUAAUCAUACACAAAACAAUUAACUGUAUUUUCCACAACCUCGCAAGGGGUCCCAUGUAAUAAGCUGUAUUUUAAAACUGUCUGCUAUUAUUUCUCAGUUCUAUAUUUUGCAUCCUAGAAGGAAAUCACAGGUUCAUAAAUUGGCCAUAGAUAUGUUAUCUGAUACAAGUUUAUGUCAAGCACUGUCACAUGUCUUCAUGUUAUGUCUUGUCUCAUUUUAUCCUGACAAGAGCAUCUCAGUUUUUGUUGAUCCACUUUAUAAGCAACACUUGUCAGGUAGCUUAAGCUGUGAACUCAACCUAAAUCAGGAGGAUCUUUAACACAUUCCAUUAUACAUGUAGUUACAAUAUUGGUUACCAGUCAUUUAGCCCCUAGCCAAUUAGACCCCAACCAGAAGACGAUAAGGCCCCAUUCAUGCUUAAAGAACGAGAAAUACACCGAAUUUCGACUUCUGGUUGGGAGCUAAAUGGUUAGGGGCUAAUCGACUUGGAGGCUAAACGGCCAGUUACCAAAAUAUGAACUGAUGAUUUAGACCAAGAGAUCUUAAGUUCUCCUAUUUGAUUGACUUUCUUUAUUCCUGUUAAGUUGCCUGUCUACUUAAUAAUACACUGUAGAGACUGGGUAAGGAGAAACUGGCUUUGAUUGUAGUUCUUGUGAAUGUUUCCUCGAAAGCCCCUGCCAACCACAGACUUCUCGACUUACAAACAGCAUAAUCACCUUUCCCCAGUUACAAAAUCCCAAACAAAUUUUUAAACCUUCCUGGGUAUGAAAUAUUCUGUCAACAUGAUUGCCCGCAUAAAACAGCAAUACUGUCUUUAUUAUAUUAGCCUUCAUAUUAAUUAUAAUCACGUGCUUAUAAUAUGCAAAAUACGAUAAGCAGAGUGCAUUUGACAACAACCUUCAGCUAAUACAGGCAUGCACAUGAAGAUAUUUUGUGUAUUAACAGUGUCUCUUCAAUGGGGAUGAUUAAAUAUAUUUUACUGUCUCUACGGUACUGUUAUUAGUUUUCGCAUAUAGCAUGAAUAUUAACUGCAGCAUUCCCCCAGGUUAACAAGAAAGUUGUUUGUCAAAUUGAGCAUGAUUUCUUGAAAUUGAGCUUUUGCAUGCCCGUUGCCAAACUGCAAACUUGCGAAUCCGAAAGUAAAAUUUCAAGGGAAAUUUGCCAGGUUUAUUUCUCUAGGCCUUGCUGAACUAACCUCUUGAUUAAAGUUUAAGAUAUCUUGAUUGUUGAUUCAAAAAGAAACAGCGAUUUAGAAUGAAAUAUUGAGAUAAAUAAUUGAUAAAUAACCUUACCUGCCAUAGCCAGAGUCGAGUGUGUGUGAAUGUCACAUGCUGUACCGCGGGCUCAAACGCCUUUGUUUAAAAAAGUUGAUAGGCCAAGUGACUUCAAAUCACUUGGGAGCUUCACUUAGUUAGCAUCACAGAUUUUGAAAAGUCUUUGGUUUGUACAUUAGGAGGUUGCCUGGUAUGCUGACAACACGUUUUGGUUACUAUUUUGUGAGGAUUUUGCGUUAACCUCGUCAAUGAUAUGGUUCGAAUAUUAACAAGCCUGAGCUGUGAAAGACGGUAGUCACGUUCUGAAAAUCAUGGCCGACGCGACGAGUAGUGGUGGAAGUGGACACUCGGAAAGAAGUCACAAAAAGACUCAUCACAGAACUUGUGGAGGUGCGAAACCAAGGAUAAGUGAUAAUGAUUCUUCAUGGGGUCUUUCAUCGCCUUCGAACGAAGAACGUUUGUUAGGAGAAGCUGUUCAAUACCUGAAUGGAGACAGAGAAGUAGCCAGACAAGCUGUGGCAAUUGUCCUGGGUGCGACUGCAAGAAAACGUGGAUUGACGGGAGCAAUUUCUAUUUGCACGGAGGUCUCGCAUCUUUUACGGCUAAACCGAAGCUUGGAGCGUCGUGUUAUUAUGCUAAGGAGAGAGCUAGAUCUUCUACUUCGUUCUAAGAAAAGCUCACCACAGUCCACUUUGUCUUCGAGUUCCACAGAAUCAAACGGGUUACAUAUACGACGGUCAACACAGACCAAGACUACCCAGGUUCAGCCAGUCUUAACUGAUCGCAGCACAAGUCCACUCCUGAAGGAAAUCCAUGUCAAAAGUUCAAGUCACCGUUCCUCUCAGACUGAAAUAUCAGGUGCUGAUAUAGAAUGGAGCCUUGUAAAGGACACAGCUGAUAGGGAACAAGAUGUAAGAAAAGAGUUGCAGAAUGGUAUGAGUGAACAGGAGGUUUUGAAGAAGAAACAUUCUCUACUUCCAAUGAUAACAGAAAGCCAAACUCCUUUACACACAGUCAGUCAACCAGCCGCACCAAAACACCAUGACCAACAAACGAAGGGCAAAAAUAUCUCUCCAGUACCUCCAGCCCAAAGGCAAACAGUAAAGAAUCCUGUAAACCAAGAAAUAGAAUUGCCACAAAUUCCGCAAACAAAAGCUCAAGGGGAAAUGCAAGAUGAUAAACCAAAGAUCUGUGUUCAUCAACAACGAAAGAGAGGAUUCAGACCUUCCUCAUCUCCAGUUAAAAUGUGUCCAAAUCCACCUGUACAACGCCAGCCAGUCAAAUGCAUUGAGAUGUACUCGCAGUGCAAGUGUCCUGGCUGUAUAAGAGCUCUUGCUGAAGAAAGUGUGACAACAUGGUGUGACAAAAGUCACACAGACAAGAAAUCUCCAAAACAAUCAGAGAUUUUGCCAUGUCUCGGUGACCAUGUGGUUGCAAGAACUGACCUCACAGGUGAAGUUAAGUACAUUGGUCCACUUACUGGAGAAAAGCAGUCAUACAUUGGCCUUCACUUAGAUUCACCAGUUGGUCAACACAGUGGAUCUCUGGAUGGAGUUCAGUAUUUCUCCUGCCCACCUAACUAUGGUGCAUUUGUACGUAUUGAUGAUGUGUUAUGUAUCACAUCACGUGGGACUUUGAAAGAAAAGGAAGUUGUUGGUUCAUCUGUAACAGUACUCCAGAGAUCAUCACCAACUCCUACAUCUGGUCGUACAAAACACAAGAAAGCACAAGGCUCCUAGAGUAACGAAGUCCAUUGCACAGAGAACAUAGACAACUCAGAAGUAGCAGAGUGGCUCGGACAUGCCACGAGUUGAACUGUCAACUGGUAAUGUUGAUCCAGAGAUUCAAGUAAGAGUUUUCCAUGAUAGAAAUAGUUUUACCUUUUAUCUAACUUCAUCUUUUGCACUGUAUUUCUUAAUUGGCUAACAGUACAAUAGAGUAUGCUACUGUAAAAUUAAACUUUUUCCAAUGACAAUUUCGGGAUCAAAUUUGAAAGAAUCUACACAGUCUUGAACGCACAUAGCCAGUACGUGUAGGUGGAACAUUCUAAAGUGACAGUGUCAUGGCUGAUUAUCAAAAGUUCUGUUUCUCUAUUUGCAUAUGGCACUGCUAAAUGCCACUAAAUAUACAUUCAAGUAAUUUGAUAAUGAGAUUCUACAGACCAAAACAGAACAUGUUUCCCAAGUAUUUUAGAGAAGAAGCAUCAUUAAAUUUGAUUUUGUAACAGAAAGGCAAAAAGUCAAAAUUGCCAAAUACUGGUAUAUAUCUUAUCUCUCUGGCAGUUAUUGUUUGUUUGUUUGUUUGUUUGUUUGUUUGUUUGUUUGUUUGUUUGUUUUAAGUUGAUGUUCCCUACUUUCUUCAUCCCUGCUACUUCUCAGUGGCACUUUGUUCUGGAGAGAUACUGCAAAUUAUCAAAUGAAUGCAAUUUUAUAGUAAGCUCCAAGUCAUGCAUAUUAAAACAUGAUAUCUGCCAAGACAUUGUCUCUUUAUAAUAUGAAUGAAUCUCAGAAUUUAUAUAAUUUGGAAAUUGAACUAUUGACACUAGUGGUUGACUCUAUCCACUAAGAGAAUGCUUAAAACUAAUUAACCGCGCGGCCAUGGGCCGAGUGCGGUUCUAGGUUUACCCAUGGUUUAUUUUUUUUUUUUUUUGUCGGUGACCAGACGCAGACCUCCGCUCGGCCAAACUUUGAGUCACGCAACAAGUGAUUUUUUUCCGCCAGAAGCUGUUAAAACAUAAAUACACGGACAAUUUUACCGAUAUUGUUUUCUUUUUU